GAAGUCUCCCGGCCGAACGCAACAAACUUAUUCGGUCCGUAGCCUCGUAGCGGUAAAGACGAGCGAAAAGAGCAAAACGGGAAAUGCAAGUGUGUUGGGUGUAGUGCGAUGUGCGUGCAGUGAGCUGCGGCCGAGAUCCUGUGCACGAAACGCAGUGUUUGCAGGUGGUGUGCAUCCAAGAGCGAGAUAGAGAGAAAGAGAGAGAAAUAAAAAAGUGCAGUGUGUACGUGUGCUUUUGUAUGUGUGAGUGUGCGGGCAGAUAAGAAGCAGUAAAAGGAGCCGCCUUUUGAGCUGCGAGUCCGAGAAGGUGCUGGGAGUCAGUGACAGGGCCGGAGGACACCCUCGAAACAGGAUUGGUUGAGGACCCUGUCCUCGACGUACAGCAGCCCCCGGGGCGAUCGUGCUCAUCAAAAACGAAACGGUCGGCAACAGUAGAAAGAGAACCGCGGCCGUACACUAACAACAAGGAAAAACGGCAAGAAAAACCGCCACCAUCGAUCACCAGCGCCCGUGUUCGUUUGCUUUUGGUGUGCAGGCCGUUGCAUAACCUCGACAAAGUGGAAAACACCUCAAUGAAAUCAACAUGGAGCAUCAUCACUCGAUAGUUAGCACGAUACUAUACGUUUUGACAAUAACAACUUUCACACAUGGCGCGCAGAUUCCAUCCAUGAAGCGUUCGACGGCGACGAUAUUCACCAAGGAACCGACCGUGCGGAUACAAUGCCAGUCGGGCUCGAUGCUGAUCACCAUCAAGGAUGCACCGGCCAACCUGAACGGGCAGUUCAGCGGGAUGGUGUAUCCGAAGGGGUUGGCGAAAAAUUCGACCUGCCUUACCGAGUACCACGAGCAGGAGGGCCCGCUCCGGUACAAGCUGCCACUGAAGAGCUGCAACACGAUGCCGAUCGAGACGGAUGACGGUGGUAUCGAGUUCUUCAACACGAUCGUUCUGCAGCCUCAUCUCAAGCUGGUCACUGAUCUGGGGCGGGGCUAUCACGUACGCUGCCGGUACAAGAGUCGCGAGGCGGCCUUGAAGAACGUCUCGUUUCGACACCACAAACCGUCCGGCCAGGACAGCCGACCGCUGGCACUGACCAGCGCCGAAGGUGGCGGUACCGAUCGACGUGAGCAUGGCCGAUCGAUGGAUGGUGGCAGCGCCGGCAAGGACGACCAGCUGACGACCGAGGACGAGCAGGAGGUGAAACCGAUGCCGGGCUGUCACAUGAAGAUCUUCACCGGCGAAAAGUUGGCGGAGAAUGUGAAGAUCGGCGAUCCGCUGACGCUGGUGAUCAACAUCGACAAGCAGGAAGAGUAUGGGCUGCACGUGACGGACUGUUUGGUGCGCGAUGGGCUCGGUUGGGGCGAGCAGAAGCUGAUCAACGACGAGGGAUGUCCACUGGACAGUGAAAUUCUUGGACCGUUCGAGUACACGGCGGACAGGAGUAAGGCGACGGUUACGUUUCCAGCGCACAAGUUCCCGUACACCUCGUCGGUGUACUAUCAGUGCAAUGUGAAGCUGUGCGCACUGAAGGAUCCGGACUGUCAUAAGACUCCGACCUGCUCGAAUAAGAAUCGACGCACCAAGCGCCAGACGGACGAGGAAGGGCAACCGGCCACGAUCGAAGUCUUCUCCGGGCUUCAUGUCAACGAGAACGCUGAAGUGCUCAGUGAUGAUGCCGAUUCGGUGUUCAAGGAGAAGACACCGGACGAUGCCAUCUGUGUGUCCCAGCGUAGUUUCGCCGUUGCCAUAGCCAUUGCCGGCCUCUGUCUGAUGCUGGCCGUCGUCCUCGCGGUGAUGUGUAUCGUUGCCCGCCGCAGCACCAAGUCCGUGUCCAACUCGGGCAGCUCCAUCUAUAGUGGCCCGUACACAAACACCGCCUUCUCGCAUAGCAGUUAAUCCUUCACCUCUCCCACCCGCAAGAGCCCUUCUGGACUCGGAGCCCGAAGCAAACCAAGGGCUUCGAGUUCUUCUCCAUCACUGUGAUGCCUGUUGGAUGUUGUAAUAGGAGUCUCUUCCUCGAAACGAACGAAACUACUACGCUACUUUCGAACGAAUUCCGCGUACGAAACACCGAAACACUAACCUUUCUGGCAAGGUGCGGACAAAACAUUCGUAUAGCUUUAGGGAGAACGAUUUAAGGGGCGCGUUAGAUUAGAACAAUUAGACAUUAAACGUAAAGAACACGGUAGUUUAAGGUAUUACCGAAGCAAUCGGCAAACUGGACAGACAUUCCGCUGCUCCGGAUACGAUUGCUUUGCUAAUAUCGCAGAGAUCAAGGGUUACUGGUGGGGACCAGCAGUCAAAGAUUCUCGUCCCCAAGCGCAUCUCUGGAAAGCACAACUAACUCCUCGUUUUUACUAGAAUACUUAGUGCACAACACGCCCCACUAGACAACGGUAGGGAACAGCUGUCCUUCUGUGCUGUUCUCCUCGGUUCACUUACAACCACAAUCAAGCUCACUUUUCCGGAUCUAAGUCAGGUGGUGGGUACCCUUCUAGACUAUAGAAGAUAGACUUGUCUAGAUAAUAUUGACACUCCUCGCUCUUCUACUUUAAUCUCUGCGUAACCGAUUCCAAGGAACUCCCCUUUAUCCCCAACCUUCUGUUUAGUUGUUGUAACAAGAAGAUGAAGAGCGACACAAAGCAAACGCACAAUUGCAAUAUGAUUGAAACAUUUCAGCGUAUUCCAUCCCCCUGAAAUCAACUCCCCAGUGUCCUGCCCCAGUGUCUGUAGUAGUCUGCCCACCAAUACGAGUCAUCGCAGACGAUUGGUUGGGUGCGUACAAAUAUAUAACGCCUUCCGUUAGAACUGCCAACUUUGAAAUGCACUGUAAAAAGUAUCGCUAAUUUUAAUACUUUUAUAUUUAUUUAAUCGUACCCCAAGUGUCCAUCCUGUCCCCAUUUUCCCAGUCCCCCCCCUUAUGGAAAUGCUCUCUCGUAUUGCGGUUGUGACGUGCGUUAGCGUUAAGGUUUGUGUUGGCACGAAUGGCCGAUACUAAAUAAACGAAUCACAUUACUAGAGCUGGUCGUUACGUUAGGGAAGGUUUUUAAUUUUAUGCACACGUAGCAGAAAAACAAAAAUGCAAAAAAAAAACCGUAGAAACGGGAUACGUUCCGCGUAACUGCGCGCACGAACGAUACCCGCAGCGAAAACGUACUGAAACACGAACUAGUAAGCAAAAGGGUUAGAGAAAUAGAGCUAAAAUAAAAUGUGAAUAUAACAAACGAGCAA